GGACGGCCGAUGGAGAGGCGAGAGGACGCGCGGGACUGGGCGUACAGGGUUGAUCCAUAUGGGUUUGAAAGGCCAGAAGACUUUGAUUAUGCAUCCUAUGAAGCAUUCUUUUCCAGAUAUCUAGUAGUACUCACUAGAAGAGCAAUAAAAUGGUCCAAGCUCCUAAAGGGGAAUAACAGUAUACAGAAGAGUUUAAAAGUGAAGAGAUAUAUCAGGAAAGGCAUCCCCAAUGAACACCGUGCAUUGAUCUGGAUGAUUGUGAGUGGGGCCCAAACCAACAUGGAACAAAACCCUGGAUAUUACCACAGACUGCUUGAAGGAGAGAAGAAUGACAAGCUGGUUGAAGCAAUCAAAACAGACAUGAACAGAACAUUUCCAGAUAAUGUAAAAUUCCGCAAAACUGCUGAUCCCUGUUUGCAGCAUACACUCUAUAACGUAUUGGUAGCAUAUGGGCAUCAUAAUAAAGCAGUAGGAUAUUGUCAGGGCAUGAACUUCAUAGCUGGAUACCUGAUUCUUAUUACAAAGAAUGAAGAGGAGUCCUUUUGGUUGCUAGAUGCUCUUAUUGGAAGAAUAUUGCCUGAUUACUACAGUCCUGCAAUGUUGGGCCUGAAAACUGAUCAGGAAGUCCUUGGAGAACUUGUGAAAAUGAAAGUUCCAGCUGUGGCAGAGCUGAUGGAAAGACAUGGAGUCAUGUGGACCCUAGUGGUGUCACGCUGGUUUAUAUGCCUGUUCAUUGACAUUCUUCCAGUAGAGACUGUGCUCCGAAUAUGGGAUUGUUUAUUUUAUGAAGGGUCAAAGAUCAUCUUCCGCGUGGCCUUAACGUUAAUUAAGCAACACCAAGCUUUUAUUUUGGAAGCCACGAAUUUCCCUGACAUUUGUGAUAAAUUUAAACAGAUCACCAAAGGAACAUUUGUAACAGAGUGUCACAGCUUCAUGCAGAAAAUAUUCACAGACCCUGGAAGCUUGUCCAUGGCAACAAUCAACAAACUCCGAGAGACUUGCAGAGAGAAGUUGCUUUCUCAGGGAUAACUCACCAGAUCUAACCAGGUGGUCAGAUACUAUAGCAAUUGACACAUUCCUCUAUUUGCACUGCAUAAAGCACACUUUAAAAUUUCCAUGAGUUAACUGACACUUGACCAAUUUUUCCUGCCUUUCAAGUAAGUGUUGUUAACACUUUGUACUGUAUGUCAGACUUGAUAACUGGAACUGGUGGUUCUGUUGUUGUUGUUUGUUUUUUUAAAGGAUUAAAGUGUUUUCAGAGUAGAAUGUGAUCAGUGUCAGGACACUCCUUUUAAAAAGAGUCACCAUCCUUGUCUUUUCAGGGCAUUUUGUAAUGUUAAAAGAAAACAGGUGUAUAAAAUUACAUAUCCUUCCUAUUGUAUUAAUUGUGACACUACUAUUAUUUGUACAAAAUAAAUUAAUUU